CCAGGAAAAGAAGUGCUGAAUGGUGGCCAGUGCCGAGAAACAAACCUCAGCGGUGCCUGGAAGGUUUAGCAAUACAGGAGGAUGUUGGUGACCUGGUGAAGGCAACUUUAGAGAAAGGAGAAGAUGGAAAGUGAAUGAGGAGUGUGCAGGAAAAUCUGAGCCCAGCACAGUGAUGGUGGCAUAUGUAGUCCCAGCCAAGGUGGGAAGAUGCUUGAACCCAGGAGUUUGAGGCUGUGGACGGCAAGCUCUGAUCUGCAACUGGGGGACAUAUAAGGCUGUGCACAAUGUAUCUGAAUUGCCCCUCCAGUGGACGGUUAAAUUACAGAAAAAUUGUGACAGAGGCUGGGGUUGCCACGACUCGCUGAUGCUCAUUGAGGAUGGACCAUCCGCGCUACUGGUGCUCAGCAAGGGCUGCGCUGCAGAGGCGGACCAUGAGCCCCGUGUCACCCAGCACAGGACCGGCCCUGGCCUCUCUGUCGUCUCCUACACCCACGUGUGCCGCCAUGGGGACUUCUGCAACGACCUCUCCACAAGUGCCCCAGUCUGGGCCCCGCCCCUGCAAACAGACCCAGGGUCCUUGCAGUGCCCACACUGCUUGUCUACAGAGAGAUGUCCAGAGGAUGCAAGUGUGCAGCUCUGUCCCAAGGGGACCACACACUGCUACAAGGGAGAGCUCGUGCUCACGGGAGAGAACAUCUUCACCCGGCUACAAGUUCGGGGUUGCAUGUCCCAACCAGGAUGCAACCUGCUCAACGGGACCCAGGACAUUGGGCCUGUGAUGGUGAAGGAGAGCUGUGAUUCCAGACGACGGCAAGCCCUGUUCUGCCAGUUCGGGAGGUAUAAGGCUGUGCACAAUAUAUCCGAACUGCACCUCCAGUGGACAGUUAACUCAGAGAAAGAAUGUGACAGAGGCUGGGGUUGCCAGGACUCGCUGAUGCUCAUUCGGAAUGGACCAUCUGUGCUCCUGGUGCUCAGCAAGGGCUGCACUGCAGAGGCGGACCACGAGCCCCGUGUCACCCAGCACAGGACAGGCCCCGGCCUCUCUGUCGUCUCCUACACACACGUGUGCCGCCAUGGGGACUUCUGCAAUGACCUCGCCACCAGCUUCCCCCUCGGGGAGCUGUCUCCAGAAACAGACCCAGGGUCCUUGCAGUGCCCACACUGCUUGUCUACAGAGAGAUGUCCAGAGGAUGCAAGUGUGCAGCUCUGUCCCAAGGGGACCACACACUGCUACAAGGGAGAGCUCAUGGUCACGGGAGAGAACAUCUUCACCCGGCUACAAGUUCGGGGUUGCAUGUCCCAACCAGGAUGCAACCUGCUCAACGGGACCCAGGACAUUGGAUCUGUGAUGGUGAAAGAGAGCUGUGAUUCCAGACCUACUCUGACCUGUUACAAGGGAAUCAGCUUUAAUAUGCGGGACAACUUGACUUACACACCCGUCGACUGGACCUCAGACUUCACGAAGACAUGUGACGCCGGGCAGGUGUGCCAGGAGACGAUGCUACUCAUAGAUGUAGGACUUAAAUCACUCCUAUUGUGGAGCAAAGGCUGCAGCCAGGGUAACGCUCCGGACCCCCAGACCACCUCCUUGCAUGCAGGCCCCACCGGGGUGCUUGUGGCCUCCUAUGCCCACUUCUGCUCCUCUGACCUGUGCAAUAGAGCCAGCAGCAGCAGCGUCCUGCUGAAGUCUCUCCCUCGUCCAGCUGCUCCUGAGCCAGGAGACCUGCGGUGUGCUAGCUGUGUGCAGGCCUUUGGACACUGCUCUGAUCACUCCCCUAACAUUGUGUGCCCUAAGGGCACUACUCAUUGUUACAAUGGCCACAUUCAUAUCCAAGGAGGUGGGUUGACUACCUCUGUGGCUAUUGAGGGCUGCGUGGCCCAACCUUCCACCUCCUUGUUAAACCACAGCAGGAAUAUUGGGAUCUUUUCUGUGCGUGAGGAUGAACUGUAUUCUGUUUCCUCAACUGUAGCUGCCUCUGCCACCUUCCUCACUCGGGUGAUGGGCUUGGGCCUAGCCCUGGCUUUUUGGUGUGGGGGACUUUGCCUUUUCAGCUAACGGCAUUCCUCCAUGACUCUUAACGCCUGCUGACCACCCAAGCCCAACCCUGCCUCUGAACUCACAAGCUAAUGGUCUUGGACAACAAAUUAUUUUCCCAUCCUCUUCAUGACAUACCACCCUUCCAAAUAUAUGUCAUCACCUGAUGAUAAUAUAUCACCUGGGAGCAGCUGAAUUUGCCCUAUGGGAGAGGGGACAUUCAAGGAGUGGCCAUGUGUAUGUGAUAAUAAAGACCUGUCCUUU